AUGGCACGGGCGACCAAGGAGAAGGCGGCCAUCCAUUAUGGCGAGUGGGAGACGCCCGCCAAGACGUAUGGGUCCUCGAGCGAUGAGAGCGACGAUCAGCGCCCGUUGAAGAAGCUCGAGGCCAAGAAGGCCAAGCCGUCUGCCAAGGCCAAGGCGCCAGCUGCGGCGCUGGACCCGGUGCCCAGCAAGAAGAAGCGCCCGCUCGAAGCGAUCGAGUCCAAGAAGGCUGAGCCUGCGAAGAAGGCAGAUGCUGUCGCGAAGAAGCCCGAGAAGCGGCCGAAGGCGUCGCCCAAGUCGCCCAAGUCGCCCGAUUCAUUUGCCUCUGCGGUCGAGGAGGUUCUUUUGUCCCUGGACGGCGACAAGGACAGCAAGACUGCUUUGAAGAAGCUGCGGCGCGACUAUGCAGAGCUUUCGAGCCUGCGGCAAACAGAGCCAGAGAAGCUGCUGGAAGAGUCGCGCAAGCUCGCCAAAGCCGAGGCCGAUGCCCACGACAAGGCCGCGUCCAAGAUGAAGCAGGAGAUUGCCAACCUCACAAAGAAGCUCGACAAGUACGAGCGCAUGCGCGAAGACCUCGAGCGCGCCAAGUCCAAGCAAGACGCCAAGUCGGCAUCAUCGAGCGAAUUCGCUGACCUCAAGCAAAAGUUCGACCAACUGCGAGCGGAAAACACGUCCUUGCGGCUGCAGCUUGAGGAAACGCAGGCUGAGCAGCCCGCGUUGUCGGCCAACGCGUCAGUCUCCGAGAUGCACGCCAAGCUCGCGCACACCAACAAGCUGCUGCGCAUGUACGAGCUGGUCACGAGCAUGCACAUGACGCUCAAGAAGGACGGCGAUGUGCAGGAAGUCGCUUGCCGCGUCACCGACUCGCUCCGAGCGCAGCAGUUUGCCUUUGAGCUCGCGAUUCCGGCCAACCCGCGCAAGCAGAUUGACUACCUGCCGUCGCCGGAAGAGGUCGCGUACCACAAGCGCCAAGCCGACGCCACCGCGCCGGCCUACCUCCUCGAGGAUCUGAGCUUUUCCCGAAGCGAGCUCACGCGCUUCAUGCGCACGAUGCUGGACGCAGUGAUUCGCAAGCCCACGUAA